AUGUCAUUUAGGUUCAAUAAAGAGACCUUUGAGGACAAUUCGUUCAACGAGCAAAUACGUGAGAAACUCACACGGGCUUUGAAUGCGAGGACUUCCGGGUCAGCGUCGCCUCAAACGUCAUCAGCUGUCGGAGCAUCGACAUCCAAUGCGAGCGAGUCUGAACAAGAAUCCAAAAGCUCAAAGCGACUGGACAUCCUCAGAAGUGGAAUCACCGUAAAGAAAGUUGAUUUUCCCUCAAUUCCGCAGCUGGAAAUUCUCGAUCUUGAUGUGUCAGCGCAGGCAAAGUCUCUCCUGAAAGGAAUCUGCAAAAUUUCUUGCAAGGAUGCGAUGUUAGAGAUAACGACUGAAAUCGAAGCCAACCUGUUAUUACUUUACACCAACUAUGGGCCCUCUUUCACCACACCACGCUUGAUCUCUAAUGACUCUUUCACUGUGCCCAUCACGAUGACUUUUGACCACAUCGAGUUGGAAGCGAUCACCAACAUCUUCGUGAAGAAUACUAGUGUGGGUAUUUCCUUCAACGAUGUAAAUCUAGACUUUCAAUUUGAUUGCUCCAUAAAAUUGCUGCAAUCUAGCAUUGAAAAGAGACUCAAAGGAUCAAUGGAGACGGUCUUUAAAGACGUGCUUCCUAGCGUGAUUUUUAGCAUGAGUCAACGCUGGUUUACGCAUGGAGAAUCUACCACUACUACUGGCGAGGAUAAAAUGGUAGGUUCUGAACAUCAACCGCAUUUGCCCAGGACUAUCCUUGACGACUCGGAUCUUGCGGACCUUUCGCCGGCCAAUAUGCUUCGUCUCUCGACCCUGGUUUCAUCCAGACAAUCUUUAUCUUUAAACCCCACAGCCAUGAACACUUUGUCAACAAUUCCUGGUUGUCUUGAAAGACAAAACUUGCAUAGGUUCCAUUCACGCAUCCCUUCUCUGAGUACAUACUAUCCAGAUGAAUUUGACGAGAAUCGUGUUGGUGAUCUGAAGAUGAUGGGCAGAGUGCCGAGCGGCCACGUUGUCUCGACAAAUCACUAUCGUCAACAACAGACCAAUACUUUGCCCCAGAAAGUUCUUGAAAAUCAAUCAUAUGAUUUAAGAACAAUUGCUUCAAUUCAGUCGAGGAUAUACGAAAGAAGCGGUGGAGAAAGUAGUGGUUUGAGAAGACGGAAAAUUAAAUUGGGGAGAACAUCAAAAAGGUCCAUUGCUUCCACUCCAAUCCCACACGCUAAAUUGGAUAACCGUGAGCUCGACAAGGUCUGUUUGCGUCCUGAAGUGACACCUUCUCCCAAGUCGACAGCCAUUCAUUCACCUCAACCUCGCAGCGCCGUUGCCUCUCCUCAGAUUUUUGGUUUGGAUGCGAUCUCAUCAAGAACAUCGGAAGCCAUGCUUUCCAAUAUCCCUCCUUUGCAGCUACCCCCUCGUGUUCAUAGUCAAGCUGAAAGUGCACUACCAAAGGCCAAUCUCAACUUACUUGAAGAGGCACAUUAUUUGAAACAGGGCCGUGAAUUUCAAAGACUAAGAUCAAGCCUUUACUCACCAAUCAGAAGUUCCAAUUUUUAUGUUAUCAAGGAGAAGGAGAGACCGUUAAUGGAUAACAAGAGGUUGAGCUUCGUGGGAUUGGCUCAGGGCUACAAGUGGGGAACCGAAGAUUUGCCUCCACCGUAUGUUAGUUAG